AUGGCCAACUCCCAGUCCCUAUCGCUGCGAUGGAACGAUUAUUCAUCAUACAUUGCAGGUGCAUUCGAAUCACUUCGGUACGAAGAGGAUCUCGUAGAUGUAACGCUUUAUUGUGAGGGCCGCAAAAUACGCGCCCAUAAGAUGCUGCUAUCGGCUUGCAGCAGCUACUUUAAGAACGUCUUCAAAGAAAAUCCAAGCCAACAUCCCAUCAUCAUAUUUAAGAACGUCAAGUAUUCGGAUCUGCAAUCAUUGAUAGAAUUCAUGUACAAGGGAGAGGUGCACGUGCUGCAGGAAUCGUUACCAUCCUUUCUACAAACGGCAAAUAUAUUGUCGGUUCGUGGUCUUUCUGAACCAUUUUUCGAUGAGCAGAACCUAUCCACAACUGCGCAGGAUCUACCAAGGUCUAUGCUGGCACAGAAAAUACUUCAAACGCAAUCGCAAAACAUGAACAGUGCCACGAUCACAACGGAUGAAGUUUAUUAUGCGCUAGCGACACCCGAGUCGACCUUCUCGCCACAGAUAAAGACGGAAGUACAGCCUACCAUCUCGCAACAGUUUAUCAGCAAAGUGGUGCUAAAACCAACCAACGAUCUCACCGUUCCGAACGAUCUUGGUAACUCGAUUAUCCCACAGGUGCAGCCACAACAACAAACCAACUCGACUGCAAAUGUACUACAUCCUUCGACAGCCGCAUUGCAAACACCAACGAAACGUGGGAAACAACACUAUCGGCAAACAAAUGAAUCGAAGCCAGUUAUAUUACCUGUGGAUGAACUAAUCAUUGCCCAAGGUUCAACUUCCCAGCCAGAUGAAAGCAAGCAGUCACUUCAAGAGCUAGUUAAUAGCGUAUUACCCUCGCCACGACAGCUAAGAACAGCGCGCAUUCUCAAGCAAAACGUUGCAACUAGCAAGGAAACGGAAACGACAAAAACGACAUCACCAACUAUUCCAGAGACACCAACCAACCGUUCGGAAAUAUACAACGCGACGACGGCACAAAGUCAAGACAUAUCCGAGUUCAUCAAUGUUGGCGAAAGUUUAGUGGCGACCUGCGGCGACGGUAGCGCAUACACGCAACCAGACGAAUUCGAAAUGGUGUGUGAAAACAUUACACACCGGUCGGAAUCUGAGGAACCCAUGGAACAAUCGACCGGUUUCGAAAUGCAGAUCGUCGAUAUUGGUGUGGAUAACACUUUUCUGGAUGAAGAGGAGAAGGCUGCGGUCACACAUACGGCCACGGACGACACUGAAAACACACAAAAGAAACAGUACAAAUGUAACUCGUGUGACAAAAGCUUCGUCACCUGGAAAUCACUCACCAUGCACAGUCACAUUCAUAGUGGCCGCACUAAAUGUAAUAUCUGCGGCGCGGUCCUGUCGCGCACUGCCAAUCUGAAGCGGCAUAUGAAGCUGAAGCAUGAACCAUGA